GAAAGGUUGGAUUCUUCAGAAGCUAACUGACUAGGGCAGAAUCAGGAAGACCAUACACAUCAGAAGGGAAUCUACAAUGGAAGAACACAAUGAAGAUCAGCUAGAUUAUGAGUCAGAGAAAGUGGAAAUCUUAAGACUGGCCCAGUCAAAGAGGAACAUUGACAGUUUGAACAUGGACCUUGAAAGGGAUAUGCAGAAAAUAGAUGAAGCAAAUCAGGAACUUCUUCUCAAAAUCCAUGAGAAAGAAGAUGAGAUUCAGAGGCUGGAAAGUGAGAUCACUCAGACCAGAGAUUUGGCGGAAGAUGAGGAUUGGGAGAAGGAGAUCUGCACCACAAUGGAAAGGGAAAGAGCCUUGCAGGAGCUGGAAGAAGAAACAGUCAGACUUGAAAGGAAGAACGAGACUCUGAUCCACAGUAUAACAGAACUUCAAAGAAAGCUUACAAAGAAAUCACAUAAGGCAACCAAGUGUGAACAAGGCAAUCUAAACGAAACCCCAGAAGAGUUAAAGGUUAAGUUACAACAGCUGGAAGCUUCCUGUGCGGACCAAGAGAAGGAGCUGGCCAAGGUAAUGGAAGACUAUGCAUUGGUGGCCCAGCUCUGUGAAGAUCAGGCCCUCUGCAUAAAGAAGUACCAGGAGACUUUGAGGAAAAUAGAAGAAGAACUAGAGACUCGGUUCCUUGAGAGAGAAGUAUCAAAAGUCUUGAGCAUGAACUCUGCAAGAAAAGAGUGUAACAGCCAAAAUAAUAAGGAUAAUUCUCUCCAAAAGAAGGGAACAUGCUUCUGUAAAAGGAUUUUUCGAUGUCUCCUUUUCACCACCCUAUUUUUCAUCAGACUUCUGUGCUACUUUUUUUUCCAUAUAAGUUUUAUAAAUCCAGAUCUCCUUGUCAACAUACUGCCCAAGAUACUGAACAGGGGCAUCUUGUGGAAGCUAAGAUGCUUUCUCUUUCCAUCUCUUACUCUUGAGACAGAGGACAUCUUACCCCACUGAUCCCCAAGAAAUAUCCUUGAGCAAAAGAAGGCAAGUGGUGUCAGAGUCUGUAGACUAGGAGACAGCGGAACUUGUGGAGAGAAGAGGUUUUCUUCAGUUUUUCCCUUGAGGUUUGCCUCCUUGAUUACCUUCCCUCCCCAUGUUGUCCUUCCAAGAUUGACCUUGCGCAGUAAAGAGCUCUGUCAAUAGAUUUCUGUGGCUAUAUGGAUAAUCUAAAAAGUACCAGAUAGUAAACAAACUAGACUAUU